AUGGGUUUAGCCAAAUUUGUAUACUCAGCUGUGUGGGGUGAUGGUGAGUAAAAUCUUUAAUCUUUCCUUAUAAGGAAACAAGCAGUAGAUGUAUGGAGGUACUAAAGGCCACUGUGUAGUUAGUAUUACAGCUCUUGGCUAACAAACGUUAAACUUCCUCCUUGCCAUUGAAUUGUAAACUAUUUUUUUCUUCUUUGCUAUAACUUUUUACAAAACGGGUAAAAAUUGAAUGAAGUAAUUAGGAUUAUAGAAUUAUUUCCUUACAAGUGUGGAUGUCGGAAUCACUGGGAAGCAGGUAUUGUUGCCAUGCUUUUUUCAGUAGAGCCGGCGAAAAAAAGAGGAAGCGAAAGUCACAAACAAAACGCUGCAGGUAUAAACACCUGAUCGUACAAGAAUAUUUUCAAAAGUAUGACAGUGUCUUUUUAUCGAAUUGUGGUAGAGGUUUCUAUGUAACCACGCCUCUUCUCGUGGAGAUGAAGAAAUAAUUGAAUGUAUCUUUCCCCAGGGAGUGGAGGGACGAGUUCGCAACGGAGAGAAAAUGGAUAUCGGAAUCACAGGGAAGCAGGUAUUGUUGUCGUGCUUUUUUUCAGAAGAGCCGGCGAAAAAUGGAGUAAGAAAAAGUCACAAAUAAAGCGCUGCAGGUAUAAACAGUUAAUCGUGCAAGAAUAUUUUCAAAAGUAUGACAAUGCCUUUUAUCGAAUUAUGGUAGAGAUUUCUGUGCAACCACGCCUCUUCUCCUGGAAAUGAAGAAAUAAUUGAAUGUAUUUUUCCCCAGGGAGGGAGGGACGAGUUCGCAACGGAGAAAAAUGGAUAUCGGAAUCACAGGGAAGCAGGUAUUGUUGUCGUGCUUUUUUUUUCAGAAGAGCCGGCGAAAAAUGGAGUAAGAAAAAGUCACAAAUAAAGCGCUGCAGGUAUAAACAGUUAAUCGUGCAAGAAUAUUUUCAAAAGUAUGACAAUGCCUUUUAUCGAAUUAUGGUAGAGAUUUCUGUGCAACCACGCCUCUUCUCCUGGAAAUGAAGAAAUAAUUGAAUGUAUUUUUCCCCAGGGAGUGGAGGGACGAGUUCGCAACGGAGAGAAAAUGGAUAUCGGAAUCACAGGGAAGCAGGUAUUGUUGUCGUGCUUUUUUUCAGAAGAGCCGGCGAAAAAUGGAGUAAGAAAAAGUCACAAAUAAAGCGCUGCAGGUAUAAACAGUUAAUCGUGCAAGAAUAUUUUCAAAAGUAUGACAAUGCCUUUUAUCGAAUUAUGGUAGAGAUUUCUGUGCAACCACGCCUCUUCUCCUGGAAAUGAAGAAAUAAUUGAAUGUAUCUUUCCCCAGGGAGUGGAGGGACGAGUUCGCAACGGAGAGAAAAUGGAUAUCGGAAUCACAGGGAAGCAGGUAUUGUUGUCGUGCUUUUUUUCAGAAGAGCCGGCGAAAAAAAUGGAGUAAGAAAAAGUCACAAAUAAAGCGCUGCAGGUAUAAACAGUUAAUCGUGCAAGAAUAUUUUCAAAAGUAUGACAAUGCCUUUUAUCGAAUUAUGGUAGAGAUUUCUGUGCAACCACGCCUCUUCUCCUGGAAAUGAAGAAAUAAUUGAAUGUAUUUUUCCCCAGGGAGUGGAGGGACGAGUUCGCAACGGAGAGAAAAUGGAUAUCGGAAUCACAGGGAAGCAGGUAUUGUUGUCGUGCUUUUUUUCAGAAGAGCCGGCGAAAAAUGGAGUAAGAAAAAGUCACAAAUAAAGCGCUGCAGGUAUAAACAGUUAAUCGUGCAAGAAUAUUUUCAAAAGUAUGACAAUGCCUUUUAUCGAAUUAUGGUAGAGAUUUCUGUGCAACCACGCCUCUUCUCCUGGAAAUGAAGAAAUAAUUGAAUGUAUUUUUCCCCAGGGAGUGGAGGGACGAGUUCGCAACGGAGAGAAAAUGGAUAUCGGAAUCACAGGGAAGCAGGUAUUGUUGUCGUGCUUUUUUUCAGAAGAGCCGGCGAAAAAUGGAGUAAGAAAAAGUCACAAAUAAAGCGCUGCAGGUAUAAACAGUUAAUCGUGCAAGAAUAUUUUCAAAAGUAUGACAAUGCCUUUUAUCGAAUUAUGGUAGAGAUUUCUGUGCAACCACGCCUCUUCUCCUGGAAAUGAAGAAAUAAUUGAAUGUAUUUUUCCCCAGGGAGUGGAGGGACGAGUUCGCGACUGAGAGAAAAUGGAACUCUGAAUCACAGGGAAGAAGGUAUUGUUGUUAUGCUUAUCUGAAGCAAGUAUAUUUGAACUAUCAGCGAUAUGCUGAUCAAGAACGAUCGAUUAAGAACUAUUUAGACACACAGCACACUAGUGGCAGCUUUGUGCCCAGAUCCUUGCAAAAAGCGCUUCGGUUCUCUACGUAACCCUCCAGGCUGACCGUCAGGGUCAACAUGCAGAAAAAGGGGCCUACGGAUAAGAGUUCUUAUGAGAGGACUAAAAUGUCCAACCAUCCGCAGUUUCCGCUCAAAGGCAGCACACUCUCCUCAGUUAUAUGAUGACGCUGAGUGCUGGUCUGACUAGGGCUCGUACCUUUGACGGUCUUCAUAGUAGUCCAACGCUUUACAAAUUGAUCGAUUUAGGUGGAAGUUAACAGUUACAACGAAUUCAGGGGAAUAAUGGUAACUGUGUCCAGGAAUCGUGUUAGAGUUCAAGGCAGUGUUAAAAGUUUGCAUACGAAUGUUCUUUCCGAAUCAUAAGAACAACUUGCAUUUCAAACUAUUCCCAAAUAACUACGGGAAGAGUUUCCAAAACCCAAAGAAGACUUACACAUUAAAUUUUCCCUUUUACACUGGUCUGAGCCCAUCGUUUACUUUCUUAUGGUCUGUAAGUUGAUUUGUUAAGACUUAAACCGGUGACAACUCAUCCUUUAAUGUUGCACCUCGGUGAAAUUUCUUUUGCUUCAAAUCGCAAUUCUUUCUUUGUUUAUUCCAUUCAGGUAGUGUCAGCCAACUAAGUACAGAAAUACAAGCAUUAGAAUGUAGAAGUAAUUAUUUGGCGGUUGUCUUUCAGUAAAUCAAUAGUGCCUAUGCCUAGCACUUUACUAGAACUUUGAUCUGCAAAAUCAUUUUUACAGGUGUUGGAAAAACCAGAACACAAGAAGACGAAGAGAGAGCCAGGAAAAGAAGAGGAGAAGGUAAUGUACACUGUAAAAAAUGGGCCUAAGUGUUACACUUAAUUCAACUGAAAUAUUAUGGUAAUAGUUCCUGCAUCGUAAACAUAGGAUUGCUUAAUUUGUUGUUCCCUUUUAAGCUAAAGCAUCGCUUCGUAUGAAGUCACAAAUACUGAGGAAUAACAGUUCCUGUUCUUAAUUUUCAAAUCCCUUGAAAUGAAGUAACAUUUUCAUAUUACCCUUCACCAACUGCAGCCUUAUCCCUUCUUGGCGAUAGCAAGUCUACACCAUACCUCUGGCAGUUCAAAGAAGCAGAUUCUCAUGCUUGGAAAAAUUUCGGCCCCUCUGACAAUGUUGUCCUGGAAGAGCUUUAUUGCAACGUGAACAAUGUGGAGGUUGAAAUAGAACUUGAAGACACCACAAUAAGGUGAAUAUGUAUUUAUUCUUAAACAAUAGGGGAAACGUAGCUCAUCAAAGGUACAAUUUUUAAUAUUUUUGGCCAGAAACUUUGGUAACCUUAAGAUUACAGAGAACAUCCAACUUGAAAAUGAUAUAUACAGAGACCAUAGAUCACCGAAGUGUUCGGCCGUUUGAUUUGUUUUCUUGAGGAUAUAGAGCGGGUUCAUUUAGAGAAGAAUACUGGCAAAAUGAAUGUCACAGAUGCUCCACAGAAGCCAGUCAAUUUCUCGACAAAACUUUAUAUCUGUAAAACACUUCAGUAACUUCCCGUACGUUUUAUUGCCUCUCCUAUCUCGUGCAAUACUUUAACAUGUGUCAAGGCCUCAGUUAGUUAUCAUCAUUCGGCGGCGUGAUUGUCUUAGCGACGCAGAAUGAGACGAGGGGAAACGGAAAAAGAUUGGAAACAGUUGCACUGAAGUACCGCAGUCUGCGAGCGGACUCACACUAGUGCGGCAAGGGAGCAAAGGAGGGAAACGAGAGGUCUGGCACUGACGUUUGUGCCAGAAAAAAGGCGGAUCUCUGGCAAGUUCACAUUGCUUAUCCGCUAAAAUGCGCGGGCCUCACCACUCACGAUGCUGAUGCAGCGCCGAUUUGAGCCUGCAAGCAGACCAACAGCACUGCAGCUCACUAACAAAACGUUUGGAAUAGGCUAACACAUUGUCACUCUUUUUCGUUUCUUUCAGACAUUCAAGAAAGCUGUCAGGAAAGAUGUCAGCCAAUUUUCACACAAUGUCCAUGAGCUUGUUCUCCCCCUUUAACCACUUUUUGAUCCGUCGACGUUCAACACCGUCUUACAUCGAAGAACGCGGCAACAAUUUUCCUACACUGUGGGUUUGGUAUUGGAAAGACAUCGAUGGAUGGAAAAAAUAUGCCGAAACGAAUGUAAGUAGGAGGGUCUUAAUGGGGUGAUAGCUUUUACGGCUAACGGUUAAAAUUUUGACCAAUUUACGGCUAACGGUUAACAUUUUUCCAUUGUCUCCAUCAGACAUAUUUUUUACGGUUAAUUUUCUUUACGACGGUUAACCCCAUAGAGAACCUCAAGUAGCGGUAACUGUUACGCAAAGAUAUGGUAAAACAAUGGCCCGGCCGGGUAUACUUCUUUCGUAAUUUGCUUUAAUUGUAUAUUUUGUAUCGCAGUGAAAUUGUAGGGCCGAAAUUAUGUUUACUUUAAUAAUAUAUACAUACAUACAUACAUACAUACAUACAUACAUACAUACAUACAUACAUACAUACAUAUACAUACAUGCAUACAUACAUACAUACAUACAUACAUACAUACAUACAUACAUGCAUACAUACAUGCAUACAUGCAUACAUGCAUACAUGCAUGCAUACAUGCAUACAUGCAUACAUGCAUACAUGCAUAUAUAUAUAUAUAUAUAUAUAUAUAUAUAUAUAUAUAUAUAUAUAUAUAUAUAUAUAGGGGAAAAAACAGAGAGACUAUCAUCGCCUUUCAUCCCUACAAGCCUGUUUCGUGAUUGCUCACUCAUCAGGGGAUUUUAUGGGUGAGCAAACAGGCUUGUAGGGAUGAAAGUAUAGUCUCUCUUUUUUUUCCCCUAUCGCAACAUAUAUCGCGCUCUACUUCAACGUAUCGAACACUGUAAAACCGAAAAAUCUAUACACAGACUUCCUAUAUAAUCCCUUACCUUCAAUAAGGCCAAGAUACGGGCUUUCAUUCGAAAAAUAAAAGUUUGACGACCAAGAUAAAAUAAGCAUUGCAAAUGACAGCUUAAGAUGAAAUAAAAAGAGAAGAGAAAUCCUGAGGCUGAGGUUUCACGGUUAUGGAUGGUCAAAACUUAAAAUUCUUAAAACUUCUGUUUUAGCUUUGUUCUGGGACAAAACAAGAGCAAAUUGAAGCAUCGUAUUUAAAUGGAGACCCUGCUUACUCCUUUAAAAUCGGUGGGAACGAUUACGUAAUACAUUUUGAAGGUACACUUAUGAAUCAAAGGAGUGUAGAUCCAGAAGUCCAAGCUGUUCGGCUUGUCAGAAGAAGACCAAUGUCUGCUUCGAAUUCAGCACCACAGACUACAGUGAGGUGAGUGAACGCAGACUGCACUGUAAUUAGGAAGAGUAACCAAUUUUUUUUUUGAAAAGUCACUGAAAGAGAGACUACUUCUUUUGUAAGCUGUCCUAGGACAGAACAAGGCUUUCGAUCGAUGAAAAGCCGAAACAAAAUAAAGGUGAUGAUAAUGAUGACAAUGAUGAUUUUAAUAAUUGAAAGUCUCCAUGUACGUGGAUGUUCUGUUCAGCAUUGUGGCUUAUCCAUCAGAUCUCCAUGAACUCAAUUAAAGCAACAGCACCUUCGCAAGACUUUUGCGAUUACAAGCAAUGCAGAUAUCGUUCAUCGUUUUCAUUUUGCGACUGACAGAGAAUUUGACGCAGGCUGAAUUGUUCGCCAUUGAAACCCUUGACUUGUUCCUGUAUUGAUUUUAGUUUACCUGAUCGUCCUUGACGAAGGGGGGUUGGAGAAAAGUGUGUGGAGCAUGAGGGAAAAUGCUUAAUUUGUCAACUUAAGAUUCGUUUCUUAUAAACGUUUAGACAUCGUACUAAUUAAUACCUCGACGCUUUCAGUAGGACUCAAGAGUUCUGGAUCCCGUCUAACCACACCCAUCUUUGUUUCCUCGCCUUUGUUAUUAUUGCAGUAAUCCGAAAGGUCAGGUAAUGGCCGUUGAACGGACUAACCUGAAAAAGGAUACCGAAGAAUACCGAACUGUACGUCAACACUUUCACAAAACGAUGCCGGAACGCCAGGCCUCUAUAUUGAUGGUGGAAAAAAUAACAAAUGGUCAUUUAUCACAGAAAUACAAAAGGUAAUUGCUGAGGAAGGGCUACUAGGAGUGAAAAAUAAUAUGUACAGCGGAACCUGUUCGUGAUUAAUUCUGCGUAGUUCAAGGGAGCCUAAGAUGUGGGCAUUAACCAACUCACAAAGUUAGUCUUAAGGGUUAUUUCUGCCGCUUGGAUAAAAUAUAAUCAGCGUAGGCCAAAAUAAUGUUGUUUUUGAACGUAAACUGUCAUAAGCUAAGUUUUUUUUUCUUUUCAUUUCUUCAUCUAGAAAGCGCCAAGAAAUGAGAAAGCAAGGUAAACCUAUGCGUGAAAAGCGGCUGUUCCAUGGUACAACACCAGAUGUUGUUGAUGCCAUCUGCACACGCAACUUUGACCACAGAGUGUGUGGGAAAAACGGGACAAAGUAUGGGCAAGGAACCUAUUUCGCUGUAGACGCAUCUUACAGCAAUUACUACAGCAAAACCGAGGUUGAGGAAACGAGAUACAUGUUUCUGACAAAAGUGUUGACUGGAGAAUUUAUUCGUGGAAAGCAAGAAUUUCGUCGACCACCAUUGAAGGAUCCGAGUAAUCUGGCAGGUGAUCUGUACGAUUCUUGCGUUGACGACGAAAAUUUACCGAAGAUCUUUGUAAUUUUUGAUAACGAACAGUGCUGUCCUUUGUAUUUGAUUAAAUUUAAAUUUAAAAACUUGAAAUAGUUUUAGGCAUCAAAGUCAGACGCAUCAAACUACGGUAGACUGAAGUCGGUCACAAGUGCAUUAAUAAACAAAUUAUUAAAUAGCUACCAGAAUUACUGAUGGACACGGUAGUUUAUAUUGCGGGCCAUAAAGAGAGAGAAAAAAAGGCAAUUUGUAAUUGAUUAUACAAUAUCAUCAUGAAAGGUCAAGUAUUUGAAAGAUUAAAAAUAGAUAUAAAAAAAAUAGCUAGUUAGCAAAAGUCAGCGAAAAAGGUAUCUUUAAUAUUUUUGCAACGCGCGGGGAAAAUGUUAACGAAAAACUCACCGUUUGCUACUUGAAAUGUUUCAUUUUUAUGUUUCUUAUUCAGUAAUAUCCGCUUUUAUCUUGACUUCAAUUUUAAACAAACGCUUUCAUCGUAGUUAAUGUAAGGUUUGAAAAUUGGGGAAAAUCUUUGGGUGUAUAUCCUCGGAUAUUUUACAGUUUCAGAUGGAGCAUAAGUUUCCCAGUUUUAGAUGGGUCACGACCGCUUAAUAGAAGUAAAAAUUAUAGUGAUUAAGGCGAAGUAGAUUCGGGACCCUGAGAACCGACCGCUUAAUACAGGGUGACCGCUUUAUAUGGUGCCGCUUAAUACAGGUUCCUCUGUAUUAUCAAUUUAAAUUUUUAAGCAAACUUUUGUUGAAAAGCUGAAAUAUUUACUCUCCAACAACAAAAAUAGGACUGAAAUGGAAGUGCUUUUAUAGUCAUACAACACUGUAUUGCAGCUGACGAUAAAAAGCUAUUGUUUGUUAGUUGUUCUGUGGACUAAUUUCAAAAUAGGAUUUUCGUUAUCUUUUGUGUAAGAAGUUUCUGUUGCUUUAGUAUAAAAAUAAACACGUUAAAAGUAGCGAUAUUAACCGAAGUUUCGGAGUCUUCGUGACACCAUUGUCAAGGUAGAUGUUAGGAAAAUGAAUUCUGCGAGUAUUAAUUAUUAUUGUAUGAUAAAAAUGCGAGAUUAAAUUACAGAAAAACUUAAACACGGA